GCAGCGCGUCAGUCAGCCAUUGAACGUGUCUUGUUGAGGACGUGUAAGAUUUCUUUUGAAGAUUUAUUGAGCUCAAGAGAAUCAGUUAAAAUAAUCAGUAUCCUCAGAAGUGGCACAGUAAAUUUAUAGAGAGGAAAAGAGUUAAUACAUCUUGUGAAUUAGUGUGUGUUCUUACUGCAAGUUCCUUGAAAAACAAAACCUUGCAGAUUUUCUCUGAAUUACCAAAAAAAAAAAGAAGAAAAUUUGGAGAGAUUUCUAAAUUUCUCUCGAAAUGACUUUCUUUUGAUUGCUUGAUAACAUUUAGUAGCCAGUAUGAAGUGUUUGUAAUUUUUGAAAUUGUGCAAAAGGAAGAAAAAAAAGCAAUUUGCUUAUCAAGGAUAGUGUUCUGUGCCGGAAGAUUUAAGUUCCUCUCCCUCCCCCAUGUCAACAAAUCAGGGCUACCAGAAAGUAUCCACGGAAAUACCCAUCAUGGCAGACUCAUCGAGAAUCACAUCCAGGAGCAGUUCACAGCAGCUUAUGCCAGAUUCCGCGAGUGUUUCAGCCUCAUUGGAAUCUGGUGAUCAGGAUAAGCCAGAACCUUCAUAUCAGUACAGUGGCUUGAGGUCAAUUGGGAAGCGGGAGUGGUUCACAGUUUCAGUGCUAUGCUUCGUGAAUCUCAUCAAUUACAUGGACAGAUUCACAAUUGCCGGUGUACUGACGGACAUUCAAGAUCAUUUUGGCAUUAGAGAUGAUCAAGGUGGACUCCUGCAAACGGCAUUUGUGCUAUCGUACAUGAUAUGUGCUCCUAUAUUUGGUUAUUUGGGUGAUCGAUACUCACGACGAUGGAUAAUGGCCCUUGGAGUGGCACUCUGGAGUGCUACGACACUCUUGGGGUCCUUUAUGGAUCAAUAUGGAUGGUUUCUCACAUUUCGUGCUCUCGUUGGCAUCGGCGAAGCCAGUUACAGCACAAUAGCCCCUACAAUAAUUUCAGAUCUCUUCAUAUCUGACAUAAGAUCGAAGAUGCUGGCCUUCUUCUACUUUGCCAUUCCCGUGGGAUCUGGAUUGGGGUAUAUUAUUGGUUCCGAAACUGCAAAGUUGAUGGGAUCAUGGAAAUGGGCUCUGAGGGUGACACCUAUUUUGGGAGCAGUUGCCGUUGUUCUUAUUUGGCUGUUCAAGGAACCACAACGUGGUCAGAGUGAAGGUUCUCAUAAUCUAGUUGUGACGUCAUAUCGUGAAGAUUUGAAGGAUAUCGUCAAAAAUCCAUCCUUUAUGCUGUCAACGGCUGGAUUUACUUGUGUAUCCUUUGUUGCUGGUGCCUUAGCUUGGUGGGGUCCAACAUUCAUGCACUUUGGCAUUCAACUUCAACCAGGAAAUGAAGAUGUUUCACUAUCAAGAGUCUCAUUUAUGUUUGGUGGUGUUGCCCUCAUGUCGGGAGCAAUUGGUGUUCCUUUGGGAUCAUAUUUGUCACAAGUAUUUAAGAAACGUUUUCCAAGAUGUGAUCCCAUUAUUUGUGCCUUAGGAUUGCUAAUAAGUGUACCAUUUGGUGCUGCAGCGAUGAUUGUGGUGUCUUCCAGUACAACGUGGGCUUUUACGCUUAUGUUUUUCGCCGAAUUGGCUUUGAAUCUUAAUUGGGCAAUUGUCGCAGAUAUACUAUUGUAUGUCGUAAUGCCUACAAGACGAUCAACAGCAGAAGCAUUUCAAAUACUUGUAUCCCAUGCACUGGGUGAUGCUGGAAGUCCAUAUUUAGUGGGAGUGAUAUCUGAAGCUGUGAAAUCACUGAGACGCACAGAAAUUGCAACAGCAUUGAAUGAAGAGAUGCUAGAAGUGACUGGGAACAAUAGCACAAUUGUCUUUGAAUCAAUUGAUGAUUCGAAAGAGACGAAAUUUGUUGCUUUGCAAUAUGCGUUGUUUGCAACGUGUGUCGUAGAGGUAUUGGGAGCUGUUUUCUUCCUCAUAACAUCUUUCUACGUUAUGCGUGAUCGUGAGAAAGCAAAAAGAGCAAUUGCUGAUGGGUCAAUUGAAGAAAUUCAGCAUCAAGAUGCAGAUAGAACAAGUAGUAGUAGUUGUAAUUCCUAAGAUUUAUUUAUUGUCGCAUACCUAUUUAGCGGUACCAAGGGACAAGGUAGCCCAAAGUAUAUGAUAAAAACGUAAUGUCUCUAGUGUAAUAAAUACGCAAAUAAGACAGAAAAGACUUUGACUGAAUGAUUAAAUGAGAAUUUUUUUUAUUACGAAUCAGAUAAAUUAUAUCAAUUUUAAAAAAGUUCGCACAAGUUGUCAUGUGCCUCUUUUUUUCUUUUCUUUAAUAAAUCGCGAGCGAAAGUGCUUCACCACGUAAAAGUUUAUUGAUUUUGGAGAGGAUCAAUCUACAAUAUUUUUUUAAAUUAUUAUUUUUAUUUUAAAUUAUUCAUGAAUAAAUUGGCAUUCGAAAUACUUUUUUUGAUGAUUGACAAAGGCGAAAGCUCUUGCAAAAGAAAAUUAAAAAGAAAAAACAUAUUUAAAAAAAAGAAACGAAAUAAUGAAUGAUAACUGAUUAGCAUAAUACUGUAGCUUAGCCUUUUUUUGGAAAAUAUUAUUCUCAUUGCUCAUUUUAUUUACUAAAUUUACUGAUUUUUAGCCGAUGGUCACGAGUAAAAUGAGUGCUGUAUAGAAGGACCAAGACAAAAAUGUCAUUUAAUUAAAGAAUUAUUCCAGCGAAUGAUUGAAGUAAAACUAAAUUAUAUUCUAGUCUUGUUUUACUUUGAAAUAUUGUUUUAAAAUAUUAAAAUGAAAAAAACAGUGAAAGAACAAUAGAGGAUGAAAUAAUUCUGAUAAAGACUGCCUUAUUAGAAUAAAUUGUAAUUAAUAAUUUCGAUUUAGAUAUUGUAUAUUAAAUAGGCAAAUCACAAUAUUUUUAUCAAUUAGAAGACAACCAAAAAAAAAUAAAGAAAGUCUCCUCGAAAUUGUUUCCUUCCCUUUUUUACAUUAUGUUAUUAUAAUAAAAAGAAAAGAAUUAUAGAGAAAAACUAAUAAAUUAUUUUCUAUUGAGAGAAUAUUAAUGGUAAUGGCUUAAUGCGAUUGAACUAAAAGUAGGAGCUUCAUGUUACGAGGCAAUUUUAGUUGAAUAAAAGUAUAUUGAGAUUGAGUAUGAAUGUUUUAUCAAAUACAGAGGAAAAUUUAUUCUGCAAAGAGAAAAAAGAAAAUAUUCAAAUGAGUUUUUCCUGUGUAGUUGUUUGCAAAAAUGAAUAGAAUGUUGAGAUAAUAAAGGACUUUUUGUAUAAAAUCUAA